AGCCUGCUUGAAGAAUGCUUUAUUCUAGGCGUUCAUUUUAAUUACAACCAUAAUUAUUUUGGUGCAUGGCUAUGACCCAGUUAAGAAACCCACCUUGGGCAUCUCGUGGUCUCCUCAACCCUGCCCAUCUCUGCAAGGAGGGAACCUCAACUGCUGGCCAAAUUAUUUUUGAAACAAGCGGUGGAACUGGUUGCUACAUCUUAAUGAAAAUGAUUUUUUUCUUUUCUUUUUUUUUCUUCUUCUUUUUUUUUUUUUUUUUUAAGGAGACAUUUCUAUGUAUAUAAACAGCCCUUCCUCACCAACCUGGUUAGACAAGAAUGUUCUUGGGUGUGGACUGCCUUGUAUAAUUAACUGCACAGCUGGAGCUUCUGAUCCCUCAACGUCUGCUCCUUCCUUUCCUCCUUUCUUUCCCCCUGCAUCCACCUGGGCGCGAUCUGGGCGCGCUGCUCCUCCUCAGGAGCUCGGGGUGCGUCACCGGGCCAGAAAGAUUUCCCUGCAUUCUGCAUUCCAGAGCCAUUCCUCGUCGAGACCACGACCAGGCAGAGCCUGCCUGCCUUGGAGGGGGCUGAGAGACAGGACUGGAGCAGAGCAGCGAGCAGAGGAGCCACUGACCCAGUUGAGGCCAUGGAAACGGGCAGCACAGCCAGGACAAACGGCACCGCCAGCAAACCCGAGGACCUGAAGAGCCCAACUGCCCCCAAGAAAGAAGAGGAAGCCAAGAAGGCCACGAGCCCUGGCGGAGGCGAGAAAGAAGCUAUAAAAGGCACGGGCGGCGCUGUGUUGGAGACAGGGCAAAUCAAGAGCUCCCUCUUCUCUGGGAGUGACUGGAAGAGGCCCAUCAUUCAGUUUGUGGAGUCAUCCGACGAGAAGAGGUCAACCUACUUCAGCAUGGACUCGGCAGACUCCAAGAAGAUGCAGUUCACCAGCGGCCAGAUCGGAGACAUGAGGAGACCGGCCCUGAACUUCCCGGAGAAGGGUGACCUCAGGAAGUCCCUGUUCUCCUUGGAUUCCAAAAAGAGCUUCCUGCCUGCUGACGGGGAAGGGAGGAAAUCCUUGUUCUCUGCGGGGCAGAUGGGGGACCUGAAGAAAUCUUCCCUGCCGCUGGUGGAGACGGGGGAUCUGAGGAGACCCUUCAACAAGGCCGACAGAGCCGCGGGCUCCCGGCCCCGUGUGAAGCUCGAGGAUGUUCUCUGCGACUCCUGCAUCGACAACAAGCAGAAGGCUGUGAAGUCCUGCCUGGUGUGCCAGGCUUCCUUCUGCGAGCUGCACCUCAAGCCCCACCUGGAGGGAGCGGCGUUCCGGGACCACCAGCUCCUGGACCCCAUCAGGGACUUCGAAGCCAGAAAAUGCCCAGUGCAUGGCAAGACCAUGGAGCUGUUCUGCCAGACAGACCAGAUGUGCAUCUGCUACCUCUGCAUGUUCCAGGAGCACAAGAACCACAGCACGGUGACAGUGGAGAUCGAGAAGGCGGGGAAAGAGGCUGAGCUGUCGCUGCAGAAGGAGCAGCUGCAGCUGAAGAUCAUCGAGGUGGAAGAUGAGGUGGACAAGUGGCAGAAGGAGAGGGACCGCAUCAAGAAUUACACCACCAACGAGAAAGCCACGGUGGACCAGCACUUCAAGGAGUUGAUCCGUGACCUGGAGAGGCAGAGGGACGAGGUGAAGGCUGCCCUGGAUCAGAGAGAAAAAAUCGCCUCGGAGAACGUGAAAGAAAUCGUGGAUGAGCUGGAGGAGAGGGCGAAGCUGCUGCGGGAGGACAAGGAGAACAGGGAGCAGAUCCACCAGAUCAGCGACUCCGUGCUCUUCCUGCAGGAAUUUGGGGCUCUGAUGAGGAAUUAUGUGCCCCCUCCAUCCCUCCCAACCUACAGCGUGCUGCUGGAAGGGGAGAGCAUGAGCCCAUCCAUGGGGCUGCUCAGGGAUGACCUCCUCAAUGUCUGCAUGAGGCACGUGGAGAAAAUCUGCAAGGCAGACCUGGGCCGCAACUUCAUCGAGAGGAACCACAUGGAGAAUGGGGACCACCGCUUCAUGAUGAACAACUACGAGUGGAACCAGCCUGACAACCUGAAGAGAUUUUCCAUGUUCCUGUCUCCCAAAGCCAAUUUCAACCCACGGUCAUGGGAAUUUUCCUCCUUCCAAGCGACCGAGGAAACACUUGGUACGGUAGGCAAUGGCACUAAGCUGCCUUUUCAGUUCUCCUCGGUGGGACAGAAUCCGCCCGGUGACUUCAGCAAACAGUCUGAUGGGAGCCUCUUCACCAAGACCGCCUACCCUUCCAUAGUGAGGCACCAGUCUGCAAAGGUGACGCCACAAACGUGGAAAUCCUCCUCCAAGCAGUCUGUAUUGUCACAUUACCGCCCAUUCUACGUCAACAAAGGCAACGGAGCCACCUCCAACGAGGCCCCCUGA